UUUGGCAAAUCACAUAUACGCAGGUUGAAAGGUAAGUUUGCAAUUAUAACAGGGGGAGCAAGUGGAUUUGGAAAGACCACAACAAAACUCUUUGUCCAACACGGCGCCAAAGUCGUGAUCGGCGAUGUUCAAGAUGAGCAAGGCCUUUCCUUAUGCAAUGAAAUCAACAACAACGAUCACGUCACUUACGUUCAUUGCAAUGUAUCCGAUGACAAUGAUGUCAAAAGUCUCAUUGAUCACACCAUCUCUAAACACGGAAAACUCGACAUCAUGUUCAACAAUGCAGGAAUAUGGGGAGACUUUGACACAUCUAUCUUAACCUCCACAGAUGAGAAUUUUAAAAGCGUGUUUGAAACAAAUGUGUAUGGUUGUUUCUUAGGAGCUAAGCAUGCCGCAAGGGUGAUGAUUCCGGCUAAGACCGGUGUCAUUCUCUUUACGGCUAACAUUGCAUCAAUGAUAUGUAUCGAGUCACCUCAUGCGUACACCAUGUCGAAGCAUGCAAUAAUUGGUUUAAUGAAAAGCUUGUCCCUUGAAAUGGGACAAUAUGGCAUUAGGGUGAAUGCAAUAUCACCCGGUGCUGUUUCUACGCCGUUAUCAAUGAAUACAUUGGGGAUGGAUAAGGAGAAAAUAGACGAAAUUAUUGGUGAGUCUUAUGUGCUCAAAGGGGUUACACCGGAGCCCUUGGAUGUUGCUAAUGCAGCAUUGUUUUUGGCAAGUGAUGAGGCUAAGUUUGUGAGGGGUGCUAAUUUUGUUGAUGAUGGUGGGUAUUUCAUCACUAAUCCAUCUUUUUCCAUGGCUCUUAAUAAUAAACAUUUUGUGUGA